UCGAACACGGUUUGCAAUGGUCAACAAGGUCGAUAAAGUGAGUAAAGAAAUCGUACGUAUUUUGAUAUUCACUUAAGCGAAAUGUUUUCUUAYCAAGGUUCAAGAUGAUAGCACAGGGAAUGGCGGAGGGACGGCGAUCAAUAGACAACUCAACAACAACCCGAUGGCGAGGACUUAAGACCUCUCAACUUCAUAAUAACAAUUCUAAUCAAAAUAACUCCAGACCAGUUCUUCAGGAACGUGAAUCAGAUUUAGCGGCUUACGAUGAUGUUGAUAUCAGUCUUAUUCAAACAAGAACUUAUCUACUUUCAGCAGGGAUCGGAGAUACUAACAARCAAUACAAUAAAUACAAAGGGAAAAUAGGACUUGUGCUAUGGUGUAUCAAUAUUUUAAUCCAUUUUACUCUGGAUUUCUACGAGGCUUGGACGAUAUUUGGUACUGCUUGGGCGACYUGUAUUGGCUUGUUUCUCUGUACUCUAGUUGUUUGUUGUGUUUCGAUGAUCCGGCAUUCCAUUCCAUGGUUUCUGCGCGGUGUUAAAAAGUUAAAGAAAGAUGGAAACUACCCCAAGACAUUGAGCCGUGUGAGACUGAUGGUCCGGUUUAUGCCUUUUGGUACUGUGGUAUUCGCUAUUGGCGCCGCCGCUGGCCAGUUUGGUUGCUAUGCUGCAGACAACGCCCUUCGAGUUAACUUCAACCGGAAUAACAGUGUGGUUGCUGUGCCUCAAGAAGUAGAGAYCUUCAUUAAUGUCCUUCGUGCCACUAGUUUAAUUCACAUAUUUUAUGGUUUUGCGUCGCUUCUUCUUUUCCAUAUGACCCUUGUGUUUAUGAUACAAAGCUCGAUGAAGGAGUACAACGAGAGGAUGGGUAAACUAUUUCGUGAGGUGCCCAUCAAAAUUGAGUUUUCUGAGGCUGUCAACUUAUUCUCUGCUCGAGCUAAGUUUGUACGAGAUGGAAGUAAAAAAAGCUCGAUUGUUUUGACAACUUUACUUGUUGCUUGCUGUACGUCGUUUGUCCUCAAUGCUUAUAACUUCUUGUUCUUCAAAAAACAUGCGAUUUACAUUUGGUUCGCUCUCGCACCGUUAAUAUGGGCUGUYACUCCUUUAAUGGGAGCCGCCUGGAUAACAAAGACAUACUGGCAAUACAAACUGGUGGUAGUCAAUGCAUGGGUUGAUAUCCCGGAUGAGCAUGAACUCGAGGCUCAAGCACAUGCAUCUCUUCACCAGUCUCACGCGGAUGAUAAAAACCCCAAGGCCCUGGGAAAGAAGGGUUUGUGGGGAUCAAUCGUUGAUAAAGUGGGCAAGAAAGAAAACGAUGAUCAAGUCUCACAGACAAUGAAUGGAAAUAUUGAAGCAAAAAAAGACAUUGAAUUAGAAGGUUAUGCUAAAAUGGAAAAUUUAAAUGGGAAAAAAGUAAGCUCAGUGGACUCCCCUGCACGCAGGAGGAACAGUGAAGUUGUCAUCAGUGUUAUGUCCAAGUCUGACAAGAACAAGAGAUCGAGCUCAUCAGUCAAACUUCCAAAGCGUCCAACUCCAACAAUCAUGUUUUCAGACUAUGACGGGGAAAAUGAAAGCUCUUCCGGCCAGAAAAAGUUCCGUCCAUUUUCAAGAAAGAUAAGUGAUUCAUCUUUAUCAGAUUUACCUGAGAGGGCCUGUAACUCUGCCCCUGAACAAGGAGUAUCAGUAGAAAUUCAUCASAGUACUAGUAGUGAUGUAAUGGAKAAGGUGCAAGAAGAAGGYGAUGAUAAACCCAACGAUGUUCGUAUUGACAUGGAGUCGCCAGACGAUCCAYACAAUCACGAACAAAGCAGUCACUCAUCUCGUUCAGCAUCCUCAAGCUCUGCAGAGGAGCCUUCUCAYCAAAACCAAGAAAAUGAUGCACCAAAAGGGACAUCUCAGUCACCCUGGGCACGUAUUCUGAGUAACCAAACAGCUCCUAAUUUAAAAGUCCCAGGGGCAUCGGAAACUGCAAGUACUCAGAAAAUACCAGGAGCUAACCUUUUAUCAGGAAUUUCCAAAACCUACCACAAAUGGCGAACGAAGACUAAGAAAAAGAAAAAGUUCCAUUACGAGAAAUACAUCAUUUAUCUUGAAAGUAUCCUCCCGACUGUAGGGUUUUCUAUCGGUGGUGUUAUCAUUGAUUGGAAUGGCAUCUAUACCUUCAUCGUUAUCAUGACCUUCAUGGUUGGUGUAUUUGCACAGGAGGCUUUCUUUGGCACAUAGUCACAUGACACUAAUUAGCCAAUAGGAGGCUUUCUUUGAUACAUAUUGAUAAAUAUGUAUUUAUAUUACCAAUUAUCUAAUAGGAGGCUUUUGACGCAUAGUCACAUGACACUAAUUAGCCAAUAGGAAUGUUUCUUUGAUACAUAUUGAUAAAUAUGUAUUUAUUUUACCAAUUAUCUACUAGGAAGCUUUCUUUGCUAUAUAGUCACACGAUACUUAUUAUAAGCCAAUAGGAGGCUUUCUUAACACAUAGUCACAAUGGAGCUAUUUAGCCAAUAAGAGGCUUUAUUUGACACAUGACACUUAUUAGCCAAUCAAAUGAACAGUGUGUUGCUCUAAACUGAAACACUUGUAAUUCGAAAUAUAUUUUAAAAACUUCGGUCAUUUAAUACCGUAUAGUUACGAGAAUGGUUGCUMAUGAAAAAGUAUUCUUGACUUGUAAGUCACAAAAAGCAAUUUUGGGAAAUGCACGCGGCUACGUCACCACAAAACUGAUGCAAGAUACGCUGUCGACUGUUGCAAGAAAUGGAGUUUAUAAGGUAAAGGGUGUAAUUAGUCGCUUAUUCUUCAGCUUAAUUCGUCAGUAUAAGCUCUAAUAUUUAUAUGUGGCCUUAUAAACCUAAAAGACAAUUUUUGUUUUGUGUAAAAAAGUCUAACUUGGCGUUGAAGUGGAGAAAACAUAUUACGCGUGUUUUUGCCAUGAAAGGAACAAGUUAGCUCGUUCUAUUGCGCUGAAAGUCAUGCAGCUUGGCUUGCUUCUCAGCCACCAAUUUACAUGUUAAAACUCGUUUACAAUUGUCUUCUUUGCCUUUAUAACUCAAUGGAGGUUUUGCAUUGCUUGAAAGUUGCAUUGCUUGAGCAAGAGUCGUUAAAAACGUUUGUCUAGUAGAAAGAAAUGAAGCACAAAGAAUUCUCACCUCGUACAUUAAUAUGCAAACUCCCUCAUUAUCAUGGUUUUCAAAGAAAACUACACUUAAAACCAGGAGGUCUGUAUAAAAUAGAUUUUAAUAAUAUCAAAUUGCGAACGAUAAGUUGCAAUGAGUGUAUGAUAUAGUAUUUAAUUCAUGGUAUUAUUAUCUGUAAUAAUUCAUAAAUCCACAAUAUAUUUUUAUUCGCUGAUAUUUUUAUGAUAAUUUUUCUUAUAAACAAAAGUUUACGAUAAAAUAGUAAAAUGGAUGUUAGUACACAUGCGCGAAGUGGUAUAACCGCUGUUCAAUGCAGUAUGUACUCAUAUACAUUGGGGAYAUUUUGGGGUCAAAAUASAUUAUUAUUUAAACUUCGGCUUCUCGCGCCUGUUGGUCGAGAAUCAUCGAAAAUCAAUAAAAUCCAUAAUUCUCAUGU